AAAAUGGGUUCAGGACUUGCGCGGGGUUGUUGCAAGGCAACACAAUGCGAGAGCACACGUUUAAGGUUGCCAGUCCGGUGUCGCCGAGCGGUUAAUCAAAAUGUCCAAAGCGCUUAUGUUCACGAUCGCUUCUCUCGUUCCGCAUUCGUUUGAAGUUCCGAAGGUGCAUAGACGUCGAAUUAAUUUUUUUUUUCGCACACAUAACACAGGGACGGACGAUUAAUGUAUAGUAUACGGUUUCAAUGUUUUUGGGAGAUCGUGUAGUUCGAACUGCAUAAAUACAGAAGAAGUAAUGAUAGCAGAAAGAACCAUCAAUAGAAGACAAUGAAUAUAGUAUAUACAUCACGAGUCACAAAAAAAUAGAUUUUUAAAUCAACCAUGAUGGACGAAAUUCACAACACAGUUGCAUGCAAUGAAUCUUUAGAAGGAAAUAUAUUAAACUUAAAGAGUAACAUUUCGAUUCCAAUAGAUAGCUGCAAUAAUUAUACUAAUCACACGGAGUUUUAUUUAGAACCUACAUUAUUGUACGAUGUGCCAGUAAGCAUAAUUCUUCUUCUGUCAAUGUUCUAUGGAACGAUUUCUGUCAUGGCAGUGGUUGGAAAUGCUUUAGUAAUAUGGAUUGUGACGUCGAGCAGACGGAUGCAUAAUGUGACCAACUUGUAUAUAGCAAACUUAGCAUUAGCCGAUAUCGUUAUCGGUCUGUUUUCUAUACCAUUUCAAUUUCAGGCCGCCCUGUUGCAACGAUGGAAUUUACCGGCUCUAAUGUGUCCGUUCUGUCCGUUCGUACAAGUGCUUUCAGUCAACGUGAGCAUUUUCACCCUGACCGCGAUCGCAGUUGACCGGCACAGAGCUAUUCUCAGUCCGCUCAGCGCAAUACCGUCGAAAUUCCGAGCAAAAAUGUCAAUAGCCGCCAUUUGGGUGAUAGCUUUUGCGCUUGCGACGCCAAUGGCUAUUGCUCUCAGGGUGCAAUUUAUCGAAUACGGAGAUAGAGACGGUCGGAAGUUGGUGAAACCGUUCUGCUACAACGUCCGGCUCCCGGAGCGCACCAUGCUGUUCUACAGGCUCACACUUCUGUUCGUCCAGUACCUGGUGCCCGUCGUCAUCAUAACGGUUGUGUAUAUGCGAAUGGCGUUACGGCUGUGGGGCUCACACGCCCCGGGAAACGCGCAGGACAGCAGAGAUGCGAAUCUGAUGAGGAACAAGAAAAAAGUCAUAAAGAUGUUAGUUAUUGUUGUUGGGUUGUUCGUUUUAUGUUGGUUACCAUUACAAACGUAUAACGUACUUCAAGAUAUAUUCCCAUCAAUAAAUCAAUUCCGUUACAUAAACAUCGUGUUCUUCUGUUGUGACUGGUUGGCAAUGAGCAACAGCUGUUACAACCCAUUUAUCUAUGGAAUAUACAACGAGAAAUUCAAACGCGAGUUCCGCAUCAAAUUGCGGCACUUCCGGCGCGGCCGUUUUCGCGGAAAAUCAAACGGGAAUAACGGGAGGUCACCCUCGGUGCGGUCCAUCACGUUGUCCGAGUGGAAAAGAGGAUAUUCGACAAGGUGCACGAACAGGACGACGGCGAACGGCGCGUGCGUGGACAGUCCGCCGCCUAGAAGGGACGAGUUGGAAAUGUUCGUGUGCAAAUCGGGCAAGAUCACGUUGAUCAAGUGCGGCAGCCGUUCGGACCUCGAAGAACUGUGUCUGUAAAAAAAAGUGUCAUGGUUUUUGAUUCUAUACGUAUCAUUAGGUACCUACCACGGACCUAACAUGGAUAUUGUGGUUACAAUAUAAUGAUAAUAAUAAUAAUAUCACGGUAGACCGCAUUGACCGCGAGAAAAUUGAUGAUGACCGAGCAGGAUCUAGCUUUGUAUACGUCAUAAGACUAUAAUAUUAUGCAUACGACAAUAAUAAUAAUAAUAAUAAAAAUAUGUCACCGUGUUUGUUCUUGUAAUUAUUUGCAAGACCAAAUACUCCUAUGCCCGACUAUACAUAUUAUAAUUUAUAAUACCAUUAUUUAUUAUUAUUACGAUGCAGCAACACGGUUUUACGUAAUAUGUAAUAACAAAAGUAUAUAAUUAUUACUGUACAAUACUUCUGUAAAUACUAAAUAAUAAUGUGUUAAACACCGGUGGAAAUUAUUUUCCUUUUUGUAAAUUUAAUAAUAAAUAUGCUGAGUGGACACUACGUGCAUGCACACCCCCAUUUUUCUUUAAUAAUGGAUUUAAUAAAAUUAUGAGUAUUAAAAUUUUAACUAGGAUCAUAAUGUUUUCAAUUAUUUAAAUCUUUAUUUCGUUUACGUUGUAUCCUAUGGCUAUACAAACAUCUUCUUUCAAAUAAGAAGGAAAAUGUUGGUUUUUGAGUUAUUCAGCAGCCGGUGUUUUUUUAAUUUAAAUAUUGAUGCAUCUAUAUCAAAAUUUGAAUGCAGAGUGUCUGAGUUAUUAUUUUAUAUUUUAUAUUUUGUAGAAAAAAUUUAUCUGAUAACAAUUUACGGGAAAAUGGGAUGAUUGUCAUUUCAAAAAAAGUUAGUAUCACCACAAGAAACUCCAAAAAUCGAAGUAUUUUAAAGUAUGGUCCUCAAGUAUAUUUAAAAGCUUCAAAAAUUUUAAUUUGAAAAAGUGUUAUUAUUGAAGGAAAACGGAGGUAGCAUGCUCAAUGAGUCACCCUACAGUACACAAUAUGUAUUAUAAAUUUGUCCAUGUACGAUGGUAACUUACUGGUGUGAAUUAAAAUAAAUAUAUUACAUUACCUAUGUUAUAAUAUUAUAUACCUACUGUCCUGAAUAUUCAUUUUACCCCCUAUACUAUUGAAAUACAUAUGAUAUUAUAAUAGUGACAUAGAUCGGUAUUAUAUUAGAUAAACCUUUACUGCUUGAAUACAAUUAUUUGUAAAAGUUAUAUAAAUAAAAUGUUAUAAUAUAA